CGAGCGCGCGGAAGUGAGGGUCGUGUUGCUGCAAGAGGUGAGAAGUUUGUGUAUGGAGAAGUGUGUGCUUUUCUUAGCGGUAAGUAGAAGUAUAGUUCCUAGCCUCUUGACGCGGGCGUCCCGGACGCCCGCUGGGCUAGUAGAUUUAAAGAUAAUUCUAAAGAUGGGAAUGUGUUCAGAAGGUCUGGCUUGGAGUCGAAUAGAAUGUCAUGUGGCGAGAAGGUUGAAAAGCAUAGCGCUGCCUGCCGCGAGGAAGAUCGUUGCCGCGCCUGCGCCUGUCCUAGCGGCCUCGCAGCUUUAACGCCUUUUGCGGUCCGGCGUCCAGGACGCCGGCCCGCCGUCAGCCCUUUAGCCGCGUUGCCGCGCCUGCCUGCGCUUGCCCUAGCGGCCUCGCCGCUUUAACGCCUUUUGCGGUCCGGCGUCCAGGACACCGGCCCGCCGUCAGCCCUUUAGCCGCGUUGCCGCGCCUGCGCUUGCCCUAGCGGCCUCGCCGCUUUAACGCCUUUUGCGGUCCGGCGUCCAGGACGCCGGCCCGCCGUCAGCCCUUUAGCCGCACGCGGCAAGCAAAGCGAGGGGGCCAGUUGCGAAGCUUAUUCUGAUCUGGGGCGGCUUCGGCGGCCGGCGUAAAGAAAACCCCCGCCCCUGGAUGGGGAUGGGACUCACGCUUCCGGGGGCUUGUUUGCGCGGUUUUGCCUCGCGCCCCCCCGCCCAUGCCAUGCACCAGAAGCCGAGGGGCAAAAGCGUGCGCGAGAAAAGUGGUUGAAGCCGGAUAGGAAAAGCGUGCCCGGCCGGAACGAAAGAGGUGGCAAAAAGUGCCUGCCCGGAAGCUCUUGGCCAUCACUCUUGCCCGGCUGCCCGACCGGAAAGCGAUGGGCAAAAGUGAUGGCCAUGGGGCACUUGGCCAACAAUUUUGCGCGACCCGAAAGUGGUGGCCGCGGAGCUCUUGGCCAACACUUUUGCCCGCACGGAAAGAAAUUGGCUGAUGUCAGGCGGGAAACACCCGGGCGGCCUCUGCUUCUAAAACGCUUCUAAUUUUCCCGGCAUUUUCAAAUUUUGCCACUCCCGAACCUCCUGCCCAACAUAUAACCCAGGCCCCACACCCGAAACAAGACAGACAACCUGCACUGCGUCGAAGAAUCCCCAUGUCACCACCCUGGCACCACAAUGGCCUCGGACAUCCAUCACCACACAACCACCACCACCAUCAGACCAUCGCCCCGACCUAGGAUAAGCGGCAACCACAAGUAGGGCGGCCUAUUUUGCGAAGCUUCCGAGUCCGGCACUGUACUCGAGGAAAACCUCGAGCGCGCCUCCAAGGGAAAACCAGAACGCAGGAUAGCGCUCACAACCAGGUCAGAAGCGAAUGCUAGAAGCCACCCGCGGGGGUGGCUUCUAGUUUUCAUUUCUGAAAUGGCCAUGGCAAUGGCUUCCCCACCUACCUUCUAAUUUACCUUCUAAAAAACCUUCUAAUUUACCUUCUAAAAUUCCUUCUAAUUUACCUUCUAAAAAACCUUCUAAAGUGCGCUUCUAAUUUUCCUUCUAAAAAAUCUUCUAGCUUUCUUCUAAUUUCCCAGCCGGAGGUGGGAAAAUCCCGGACCCUGUCCGGCUUCUAAAAAUCUUCUAAAAUCACUGAGCACGCAAAUUCCCUCACGAUUUGCGUGUUUUGUGAUUUUAGAAGCCGCGCGUCCGGGAUUUUAGAAGCCGAACAUAACCAGUUUUAGAAGACGAAAACGGAAUUCGUUCCGAUCUUCUAAAACUGGAUCACGCGAAACAUUCCCGCCGGGUGUAGCUGAAUGUAGGUGAUGUUUGGAGCUGAUGUUCGACAUGCACGUCGAACAUCAUUUCCCACACCACGCUCGCACAUCAUCUCCUACAAAGCGUCAUCCCCUGCAACACACCUUACUUGUGUUCGGGGGCCCCGAACACAAGCAAGGUGUGGCGACGCUUUCCCCGAGACUGUCCUGCCUGCGACAUAACCCGGCAACCCCAGGCAGGGCCGCCCUGCGCAACGCACCCGAACCGGCCGACAACCGGCAUGCCAGCCAAAAUUUGUUUUCCCCGAAAACGGUGCGAAUUUUUAAAUUUUAAAUUUUCUGCGCGCCCGGCGCGAGGGAGAGAGACAAAGGGAACCGGGAGAGACGCCAAACCGAAACGCCAGGGGCGGGGGCCUCUUGGCGCUUCACAAUCGCAACAGGGCCCACACAAGGGCGCGGCAGCAGGAAACUGAGGGCGGGCGGGGCCGGGCGCGCGCCUUUGCAAAUUCUUGAAAGACCGGGAAUUUUAGCCAGUUUUUAGAAGAAAAAUCCGCCCGGGGCGCUACCGCCUGACUGAUGGCCGAAAAUGACGGCCAGGGAGCUCUUGUCCAUCACUUUUGCCCGACCGUACCGGAAGGCGAUGGCCAAAAGUGAUGGCCCGGGCAAGGAGCUGCUGGCCACCACUUUUGCCCGCCCGGAACGAAAGUGAUGGCAAACGAGCGAACGCCGGUGGCUGGGUGGCUAUGGGGCUCUUGGCCAUCAUUUUUGCCCGACCGGAAAUGGAUGAGCAGGGAGCUCUUGGCCAUCACUUUUGCCCGACCGGAAAGCGAUGGGAUGGCCAGAAGUGAUGGCCGAGGACUUUCGCAGGCAUGCCCGGGCGAAAAGCGGUGGAAGCGGAACUACUGGCCAUCACUUUUGCCCGACAGUAAAGCGCUGGGCAAAGGUAAUGGCCAAGGAGCUGUCGCCACCGUUUUUCUCUGCCCGGCCGAAAAGUGAUGGCCAGGGAGCUUCUGGCCGUUACUUUUGCCCGACCGGAAAGCGAUGGCAAAAAGUGAUGGCCGCGGAGUUCUCGGCCACCACUCUUGCCGGACCGGAAAGCGAUGGCCACGAUCGCUUUUGCUCGAACGAAAAGCGAUGGCCGCGGGGCUCUUGGCCAUCACGUUGGCCCGGCCGAGAAGCGAUGGCCACGUUGGCGGCCAGGGGGCUCUUGGCCAUCACUUGCGCCCGGCCGAAAGGCGAUGCCCAGGAAGGGAGCUCUUCGCCAUCACUUUUGCCAGCGCUUGAAAAGGGUUUUUUUAUCGAAAGAAACCAGCUUCAAGCUGCUUGAGGCCCCGCGCUGUCGUCAGGAUACGCUUCGCGACAGUAUCCUGACGAUAGCAGGGGGAUUCGGACUCGAGAAAAUGGCUUUCCCAUUUUUCCAGUCCGAGUCCCCCUGCUGUCGUCAGGAUACUGUCGCGAAGCCCUUCGCGACAGUAUCCUGACGACAACAGGGGGGCUCGAGGUUGGGAAUGGCUCUCACGCUUGGGCUGCAAGUUGUGAAAACCGCUCUCAGGUCCGAGUCCCCCUAUUGUCGCCCGGAUGCCGUCGCGAAGGCUUUCGCGACAACAGACAUCCCGACGACAGCAGGGGGAUUCGGACUUGAGGUCGGUUUUCACAAUUUGCCCGCCCAAAGUGAUAGCCCUGGGGCUCUAGGCCAUUACUUCAGCCCGAGCCAGCGGCCCGCCGGGAAACGAUGGCCAGCGGGCUCUUGGCGAGGACUUUUGCCCGGGCGGAAGGCGAUGGCCAGGGAGCUCUCGGCCAUCACUUUUGCCCGGCCGGGAAGUGAAGGCUCAGGAGCCCCUGGCCACCACUUUACCCGGCCCGCCGGAAAAUGAUGGCACCAGAGGAGCUCUUGCCCACCAUUUUUGCCCGGCCGGAAAGUCAAAGGAGUGACCAAGGGCCCGACCGGAAGCGGAAAGUGAUGGCCCAGGAGCUCCUGCCCUUGGCCGUCUCUUUUGCCCGGCGGGCCGGAAAGUGAUGGCCAAAAUUGAUGGCCAGGCCGGCGGGGGCCCUUAGUUAGCCAUCAUUUUUGCCCGGCCGGAAAGUCAUGGCCAAGGGGCUCUCGGCCAUGACUUAUGUCCGAGCCAGCGGAAAGUGGUGGCCGACGAGCUCUUGGCCACCACUGUUGCCCGGCCGGAAAGUGAUGGCCAAAAGUUUCAACUUUGCUCGAGCGGAGGUGAUGGCCAAGGAGCCGCUCGCCGUCACUUUUGCCCCGCCCGGCUGGGCAAGGAGCUUCUGGCCAUCAUUCAUUCACAUGAUUCGGCCACUCUGGCCAUUCUGGUGCUGGCAUUCACAUGCUCGCCAGGGCGUGCAGGAUAACACUUUGCACGACGGUACGGGGUACAGAUAACGGGAACGCGUUCAAUCUGUUACACGAAGCGUCUAGAUGAGACCUUCUAAGCACAUUCGUUUAGAAUUAUUUUUCUAAGUGCCUCCUAUAGAUUAUAGCAAAGGGGGAGGCCAAGUUCGU